UAAAUUUCUGUUGUUUUUGCAAAGCGUCUGAAUACUUAUGUCAAUGUGACAUUUUAGUUUUUAUUUUCUAAGAAAUUAGCCAUAAUAAUUAAAAAUCGACUAUUCUUUUUCUUUGUCGUAACAGGCUACUUUGAAAGUUCUAGUUUGUGAGAAUAAAAAUUGCAACAUAACUGAAAAAAAGGAAAGAAGCUGACUUAACAUGGCUUGUUUAUACUUUGAAGAACAUGAAUACUUUUAGUAAAGUUUGUACGGUUUGGUAUGCUGUACAGACUGAGUAAUUGAGUUUAAAAAAAAACGUGCUGCGUGCUUGAAAUAGUCGAAAAAAUCUGUUUGUCCUAGUUUGCGCUCCGUACUCCACCAACGUCACGGCUGCCAUAAAGUGUCGACUUUAUCAUCUUAUCAUGUUGUAGCAAGGUCUUUUGAUGAGAAAUUCUGUGUUUACUUCGCCGCUCUGAAGUUUUAAUGUCUUUUUUAGAAACAAUGGGAAAUGCGCAAAGCUGCAUUAUUUCUUCGCUUGCUGUAUGUUCUGUGUAUUUCCUCUCUAUUCACAUUUACGCUUCAUACACGGCGCUAAAAACAAAUGUACUCGACAACAAGAAACUUCCUAGUUCCGUGUAUCUUUAUAUCAAAUAUUUAAUCAAAACACUCAAGCGGAGGAAAGGCCACUUGUACACAGCAGCUACCAACAAGCAUGACGUUGUUUUCACAGCUAUAAAUUGCAGGCUGGAGACCUCUCUGCUGAGGAGGUUCUGCAGAGCUGCAGGUUAUGGUUGGGAUUAUCCUGACUCUGAAUACAGAGACACCCCUCUGUGUUUCCCAGAGUUUCUGUGUCGUAAACUGCUGCUAAUGGUGCUAACUGAUGGGAGGUUCAGGCUCAGUCCUGCAGGCCUGGUUCGUGUCCAGCAGAGUUUGAAAACCCUUCAACCAGUUGAUGAACUGAAGAAGGGUCCGUUCAUGCUGCAGGUUCAAGUCCAGGAGUACCGCCAGCUUGAUGCAGGAGUUGAAGUGGACAUAUCUAUGUGUGCCACGUCUCGUACAGGAUGUCCCGUGUGGGAGAGCGUCCUGACACUACUGUCCAAAAGAACACUCCAUAAAGCUGUUGGAAAUAAGAGCACACUAGACGAGCUUGUCCCUGAGAACGUGAAGCAGGUAGAGUUGGGGGUUCCCAGGUCUGCCGCUCUGCCGUGUGUUUGGUCCUUCUCAGACUUCUCCCCCCUGUCGCCUCCUUUUCCUACCAGCCUGGCUCUUUAGCAGAUCACAGACUUCCCCAAGUCUCUGGAUGCUGUCUGUCUGCUUGGCUGAAAUAGAGAAGCAUAAAGGUGUAGGUGUCAUCACGGCUCCUGUCAACAUCACGGCACAGUUUCAGGAGCCUCUGUCUGCACCAGGCAGAGUUACUGUCAGGUUUGGGGAAAGGAACACAGUCGAUGGUCAGGCUUCUGCAGAAGGCCUCAGUUUCCAAAUGCAGAAACAUGGAAGCAAAAUAUCUCACAUGACAGGAUUGAUUUCUAGGUCUUGAUUGAUAAAGAAUGUUGGAAUUUGGUUUCAUGUCAAAAUAUCAUGCUGUUAUGCAGUUCUCUGCUUUGCACUGUUUAAAUUCAACAGUAUAAUGAAUUAGAGGGACAUGGCUGCUCUGGACCAUCAACUACACUACAUCAUGUGUUGAAGUUAUUUCUCCACAUCAAUAGAUAAUUUAAUUAAAUAUGAAUUUAAAUUAAUGCAUAAUAAAUGCAUUUGCCUUUGGUUGAAAUCUUUGAUUGUUAACAGUGUUGUGAGACUGUUAAUGUGCGUAUAACUGCUUGUAUAGACAUGAUAAUGUUAGAUUUAUGUCAAUGGAAAAGACUAUUUUUAAAUGUACGAAUAUUUUUUAAUACUGAAGGCCUACAGAUAUAGGGUGUGCAGAUUUGAAUGAUGAACUAAUUAAAUGCAUUUAAAUCCCU